AUGAGUGAUAACAUUAAUCCAUUAUAUCUUAAAUAUCUUAACAAUGAUAAUGAUAAUUUUAUUCAAAUCAAUCCAUUAAUUCAAAAUAAAAUUCGAACAAAUGGGUUUAUUGAGUUUCGAAAAGAGACAUGGAAGAUUUAUAAAAAGGCCUACCCACAAUUGACUUCUACGGAGUUUUCAAAAAUAGCCGGCAAGCUUUGGGAAAAUUUAUCCCAAAAUGAUAAAAAUUUUUACUUAAAAAAGUCGGAAGAAAAUAAACAAGGUGUAAUUGGUGAAUCGGAGGGUGAAUCGGAGGGGUACCAAUUCGUUUACGAGAAUGACAUGUCCGAUUAUUCUAACAAUAAUGACAAUUAUUGUGAGAAUUGCGCCCCUCCCGUCGUUUACGAUUUUAAUGAAGCGUUUAAUUAUUUUCCUUUCAUGAAUCAAGAAGAGAUGUUUUUUUAUCUCACACAAGAUACCUAUUAUUGCUAUUAUCCCGUUCCAGUAGAUACCGAUGCCAACGUCUAUCAAAUUGGUGAAAUUUCGAAUUCUCUUAACGAGAUUGUAACCAAUGAUGAAUAUUUUGCUGCCUAUUAUCAUGGAAUGGUCGAAUGA